CCGUCCCCAGGGAAGGCUCAGGGGCGGCAGAAGCCCGGAGAUGUGAGGGGCUUCGAGGGUGGGAACGUGGCUGAGGUGGCCUCCGGGGAGAGCGGGGUGUGGUCCGUUACUGGGGGAGCAAGGCCAGGUAGGUAGUCUGGCACGCGCCCGGGUUAGUGCUACCGGCUGGGCUUUGUGAUAAAGGUGCCCCUUGGCCUGGGGAAGAGGCCCCAGAGUGGGCCUGGCACGGUGGGCCCCAGUGGAGUGUCCCCGGCCGUUCUCAACAGGGCUUAGACGGCGGACGGGAGUCAGGUCACGUGUGGACACCUCAUGCGGCCUUGUGUUUGCUCCUGUGGAGAGUCGUCAGCCGCCCUCCGAAGGGCACCUGAGAGUUCUGGUCUGAGGGGUGCAAUAGGGUCAGAUUCAGUGACCAAGCGGCUUCUAAGCAGAUGUCCUCAGAAUUGGACCCCAGAUUUUUCUUUUAACUCAUUGCUCUUUCUACAAGCAUAAGUUAAACUUCUCUAGCGAGUGGAGUUUGCACUUCGUAUUUCCCUGGAGGCUGGCCCUCGAUCUUCUGCCUGCCGCCUUUGCUUCCUUCUUUUGGCCCUUGAGGUUUGGACAGCUUUGGUUUUCAUUCUCAGGAUCUUUCUCUCAGCCCUCCUAAGAGUAUCCUGUUCAGGGACCUUCUGUUUCAGUUGCCAUUUCUCUACUCCAGCUGUCUUUCCCUGCUCAUUUAGAUCUCAUGUGGUCUCUUACUACCCAAGCCACGUAUUGGAGUGUAGUCACGCCCUGGUUGGUCUCGUGGGUAAUCCAUGGUUUCUCUGUUUGCAGUUUGGCUAUCUGGCAGAUUUCCUUCAGUAAGAGGUGGCUCUGGAAGCCUCCAGAAACCAGCGUGGUCUGUGGUUGCAAGGCAUGAUGACUGCAAAAGUGUUUCCUAUGCCCCCAAAGCCAAAACAGUCCUUUAUACUGAGAGUUCCACCAGAUUCUAAGCUGGGCCAGGACCUACUUCGAGAUGCCACUAGUGGGCCCAAGACCAUCCACCAGCUAGUUCUGGAGCACUUCCUCACCUUCUUACCUAAGCCAAGCCUGGCCCAGCCCAGUGAGAAAGUCAAGGAGACUUUGGUUAUUAUGAAGGAUGUGAGCGCAAGCCUUCAGAACAGAGUGCACCCUCAUCCUUUAGUGAAGCUUCUGCCUAGAAAAGGAGUCCAGCAGCAACAGGAGACACCUCAGUGUUUGAAAGCUGACCCUGAGGAGCUCGUGGUCUUUGAGGAUUUGAACGUAUUUCACUCCCAAGAAGAAUGUGUGAGCCUGGAUCCUGCUCAACAACCUACCUCAGAGAAGGAAGACAGUGAUGUCGGGGAGAUGACGUUACUAGCAGUCAAUGACAGUAAUCCUGGGAGUGAUAAACUUAAGAAGGAACCAGUGGAGAAUGAAGAUAGUAAAGAAAAGUCUUUAGAUUGUGAUGAAAUGGAUUGUUCCUUGGUCUCUGAGCAACCUCCAGAUUGCCAGGAAGAAGAAAAACUAAAUACAUCUGUUCCAAAGAAAAGGAAAAUGAGAAAUCUUUUAGUUACCAUUGAAAAUGAUACACCACUAGAGGAACUCUCAAAAUAUGUGGACAUCAGUGUUAUUGCACUUACUCGAAAUCGGAGAACAAGGAGAUGGUACACUUGUCCAUUGUGUGGGAAACAAUUUAAUGAAAGUUCUUACCUUAUUUCCCACCAGAGGACUCAUACCGGAGAAAAACCAUAUGACUGUAGUCACUGUGGGAAAAGCUUCAAUCAUAAAACAAACCUGAAUAAACAUGAGCGAAUCCAUACAGGAGAGAAACCUUAUUCCUGUUCUCAGUGUGGUAAAAACUUUCGUCAAAAUUCUCAUCGGAGUCGCCAUGAAGGAAUCCAUGUAAGGGAGAAGAUAUUUAAGUGUCCAGAAUGUGGGAAAACCUUCCCAAAAAAUGAAGAAUUUGUGCGUCAUCUGCAGAGUCAUGAGGCUGAGAGGCCAUAUGGUUGCAAAAAAUGUGGGAGAAGAUUUGGUCGGUUGUCAAACCGUACCCGGCAUGAGAAAACCCACUCAGCAUGUAAGACUCGAAAGCAGAAAUGAUGUUAGGAAAGGUCUUCUGGUCCUGUCUGAACAUGAAAAGUUUAUUAAGGAAUUCUGAAUUCCCAGGCUGCCUAAAAAGAUACAGAUAUGUGAAAACCUCAUUAUUGCCAAAAUUGGAUAAAUACCAAUCUUGGCUGAAACCUCAACUUGUUAGAAAAUUCACAGGGAAGGAAACAUCUUCAAGGGCUAUACCUCAGUUAGCAUCCAGGCUUUUUGAACUAAGGAACUUUCUUUUGUAAAGCACGAGAAUGUACAGAUCGCAGAUCCCUAUCCAAAAAAAGACUUUUAAUAUGAGUGUAGAGACUGUUUACUUGCAAGGUGAACAGAGUGACUCAUGUCUAUUGAAAGUAUAUCCAUCCCCCCCACCCAUGGGAAUUCAUACUUGAAAAGUAAUCAAAGGCCCUUAUCUGGAACUGUGUUCUCCUGAAAGAACCAAACUACUGAUUUGUUAAACCAACAGCUUCUAAUAGCAAUUCAUAUCACCCUCUCAGAACACCUGUUAACUCUUGAGUGUUGAAAGGAAUUGUUUACUUUAGAAUACAGGAAAACUACAGCAA